ACCAUCUCUAUAUAGACAAGCCAUUAGUAAAAACAAUCACAACAAAUUCAUCCAAAUAACAAACAAGGGUAUUUCUACACUCAUGGCUGCCAAGCACGAAGAUAUACGUGAUAAAAUUGAGAAUGGCAUCUACAAGCUUGCUACAAAUGAUAAAAGCACACGCAGCACUGUUUGGCGCGUGUAUCGAAAGAUUGAGAAAGAAGACGGCAAAAUAUUGGAACACGUCUUGUACUGUAUAGGAUGCAAAAAUCUAAUGUCGUUUACCCAUAAAUCCACAACAAAUUUGCGCCGUCACAAGUGCCAUUUGCAAUACUUAAAAAAGCAGGCCUACUGCAAUGGCUAUGCAGACGCAAAUAUCUCAAAGGAAUGGUUCAAAGAUGAUGAGGCAGAAAUGUCAGUGGAAGACAUUUUAUUGGAGGCUGAGGCCGAACUUAAAGUUGACAACGAAGAGAGCUCUGGUGCGCAAACAAUGAUUGACGAGCUAGAUAAGAAACCCACCUCCACAGACGUCGCCGCAUUUAUUGCUCUCCGAGGUGCUGGCGCUGGAGCUGAGCCAUGUGAUGCUGGCGUUAAUACGGGGGUUUCUGUCCAGCAAGCCAAAAGCGAUGAUGAUCCACUUAAUGUUGGUACUACGACCAUUCCAAACUCAAAUUCACGUCUCUCUGAAGUUUUUGUGUCGCACGAUGUUAGCGGCGCGGAGGAGUCGGCAAUAUACGCACAGACCUGGUCUUUAGAAUACCGCAAGCUUACCGAAGAUCAAAAAUUCUAUGCCAAAAGAGCGAUUGACGAGAUCUUUGUGCUGGGCCGGUUAAGACGUUUAACGUUAAACACUGUGCCAUCGGUAACCGAGUGAAGUUCCGGAAUAUUUGUAUGCUUAGGCUAAUUUAAAUUAAACUUCUUUUAUGUGUAUGUAAAUAAUGUAUAUAUUUAUUCGAUCAACUCUGUGGUCUCGGUUGUUAAGACAUUAAUAAAUACAGCAAAUAGUCUUGGAAAGA